AUGGAUGAGGGCAUGUCAGGUUUUUGUAUUAGAGCUGGAAGUGUUCGUAGUAAUAGUGGGAGUACUGGCACUAAGUGUGGGCGUUGGAAUCCCACUACUGAACAGGUUAAGCUUCUCACUGAACUCUUCAGUUCUGGACUCCGCACUCCAAGCACUGAUCAGAUUCAAAAGAUCUCUACUCAGUUGAGUUUUUAUGGUAAGAUUGAGAGCAAGAAUGUGUUCUAUUGGUUUCAGAACCAUAAGGCUAGGGAAAGACAGAAACGUCGCAAGGUCUCCUUUGAUGAUAAGGAUGUAAUUCGUAGAGAAAGCUCAUUAAUGUCCAUGAAUUCUUCUACACAAAAUUUUGCUCAGCUUUAUCCUGUUUCAGAGAACGACAGGGUGAUUGAAACUCUUCAACUCUUCCCUUUGAACUCCUUUGGUGAAUUAGAAUCAAAGAAUCUCAGGGUCCAUGGAAAUGAAUGCAGGGAUAAUAGGAUGUUUUCAUAUACUAUGGUGGGACAAAUGGAUCACCCACCUCUAGAUCUUCGCUUGAGUUUUUUGUAA